GUAAGAAUCAAGUAAUUAAUAAAUUAUUAAAUAACAAGUAAAGCAUCAAGAAGAUGUUUCUGGACCUUGUAUUUAAUUUUUGCUGUUCAAAACGGUAGAGAGAUGAAAAGGAUACAAAAUCACAAAAUAGUAAUAAAAGUUAAGAGGAACAAUUUUUAGAACAAAGAAGAAUUGAGUUGGAUAUUGGUAAAACUGCAAUGAAUUAACAAUUAAGUAGCAUAAAUUAUUAAGUUUUUUUAAGAAUCUAAGCCAGCAUCAUCAAUUGGAUCACCUACAGAUAACUAUCUCUAAUUAAAUGAAGAAAAAUAAUAAAAAAAGAGUAGUUUUGAAGAAGACAAUAUAUAAGAGAAUUAAUUUGAAUAUUAAAUAGAGGAUAGUAAUAAAGGAAAUCAUUAUCAAGUGAAUAAUAAUUAAGUCAAGCGGUAUUUAUUAAAUAAAUUUUAUUGCUAAUAGUUCUAAAUCUCAAGAGAAGAUAGAAAAAGGAUUGAAAAAAAAGAUAGGUAAAACAAAGGAGAAACAAGAAGGAGAUAAAAGGGUUGUAAAGAUUUGGUAACCUGAGGAAGAUUAAAGACUGAGAAAGUUAUACUAAGAAUAUUAGGGAAAUUGGAGUAAAAUAAUUCAAUUUAUGCCUGAACGAAAUAUAUCAUAAUGUUCUUAGAGAUGGAGAAGGAUAAAUCCUAUUUAAGUUAUUGUUGAGAUGAUAAUUUUUAGAAUAAAUAAAAGUGGACCUAGGAAGAGGAUUCAAAGUUGGUUUAACUUGUUGCAGAAGAAGGAAAGAAUUGGACUAAAUUGGCCAGACAUUUUUAAGGGAGAACAGGAAAAUAAAUAAGAGAAAGAUAUCUUAAUAAAUUAGAUCCUGCUCUUAAUUUUGUACCUUGGACAGAAUAAGAAGAUUAAGAGAUAGUCAAAUAUUAUAAUUAAUAUGGUGCAAAAUGGAGUGUUGUUGCUUCUCAUUUAUAGGGAAGAUCUGUAUAAUUAAUUAAAUUAUGUAGGAAAAUAUGGUGAAAAAUAGAUUUUAUUCACAUAUUUAAAAACAUUUGUUAGGUCGAUAAAAUAAAUAUCAAAUUGUUUAUAAUUCUGGUCACAUUCAAUAGAAUGGCACUUAAUAAAUGUAAGUAGGAAAUCAAAAUAUGGAUGUUGAAUAUUCUGAUACUUCAAAUAGUGAAUAAAAAUUAGUGCAUUCAGAAAAUUAUUCAGUAAAUACUUAUACUAUUUAUUCUAUAGUCCUCUAUGGGAUCAAGUACAUUUACUUUUUCUUAUUAUGAAGAUGAUGAUUUUAGUGGUUAAGAUAUAAUAUAUGAUAAUUAAUUUGAAUAGGAUUUCGAUGAAAAAGCAAGAGUUUAUUGA